AUGAGCAUAAUUGCCCAACAUUCUAUUAGAAAACAGGAACAAUCUGAACUAGAUGCAAUAUAUCGAAAUCUCGAUGAAAUAGCCGAAUUAUUAAAUUCACAAAAUUACAAAGAUGUUAUCAUCCAUUGCAAUUACAUUACUCAAAUUAUUGAUAAUAUAGAUGAAGAACAAGAUUUUUAUCUUUAUAAUGAAAAUGUAAUUUUAGAUCUUAUUUUAACUGCAGUUAAUAAUGAAGACAAGUAUAUAGUAAGCGUCUUACAAGCUAUAAGAUCAUUGUCAACAUUAUUUAAUCUAUCAUUUCUAAUCAAAAACGAAAAUAUUAUUCAGAUUUUCCUUGAACUUUUGAAUACUGACUACAAACAAUACAUGUAUCAAAUACUUGCCAAUGUAUUUGAAAAUUCAGAAGGAGAAGAUCGCAAGAAAAUGAAAGAAUUUUUAGUUCCCUACGUUUGCAGUAUUUGUUCGAAAAACCAGCCAACGGACUGCGAACUUUUAUCAUUAGUUUAUACCCUAUCACGGACUAAGAUUCCUAGCCCAGAAACCUUCUGUAAUGUAUUAAUUUUUUUCCUGACUUCACCAUUUUCCAGUAUUGAUAAUUUGAUAAUGUAUUCCAUAUUGUACCAGUUACAGAAAAACUAUUUUGAUCCUUCGAUUUUGGUUAAUGACAAUACAAUAGCUUUUAUCGUCAAAUAUUUUCAAUCAGAUGAUAAAGAAAUCCAAUCUGUACUUGAAGUAGUUGAAUUUCUUGCAGGAUAUCAUAAGGAUUUAUUUAAUUGUUACUCGGAAAUUCUGAUUCCUCGGGUUUUUGGAUGUUUGGACUCCGAAAAUGAUGAUGUAGUUGAAUGUGCGCUGGAUGCGCUAUCGAACAUCAUAACCGCAAAUAAGGAAUUAAUCGAUUAUUUUAUUCAAUCGGGCAUUACUGAAAAGAUCAGUACUUUAGUCACAAAACACUCGAGUCUGAAGGUAUCUGCCCUCGAACUUUAUAUAAAUCUAUUAACCGGGCUUUCUUAUGAAGUAAGAGUUGAGUUUGUGAAAUCACCUUUAUUUCGCAUGAUGUAUGAGAAUUUUGACAACUUGCAGCUUGAGUUUCGGAUUGUUUUUCUGAAACAGAAUUAUCACAUUUUGAAUCGCUCGCAAACAACAGGAGAUUUCGAACUAAUCCGAGAAAUAUUUAUGCAGGAUGAUAUAUAUUCUGUUAUAGAUGCUCUUCUAACUGACGAAAAUGAAAAGAUAUAUCAGAUUUCAUGUAUGAUUGUAGAAUUAUUGAAUAAAGAUUAA